CCUAAUUCCCACUACUGCAUACCACCACUUCCUACUUCUGAGAGUAAGAAAGGUAAAAUCUUUCAUAAACCCUCUUAAGUUCUCAAAAAAAGACCAUGGCUGAUUCUUCAAGAGCCGUCUCUGCUUCCCUUUUCUUCUUUUUCCUUCUCCUUGGAUUCUCAGCAGCUAAGGAACUUUUAGUCGGAGGCAAGAUUGAUGCUUGGAAGAUUCCAUCUUCAGAAGCAGAUUCUCUCAAUCAAUGGGCUGAAAAGUCUCGUUUCAGAGUUGGCGAUUAUCUGGUGUGGAAAUUUCAAAGUGGGAAGGACUCAGUGUUGGAAGUAACAAGGGAGGAAUAUGGUAAUUGCAGCACCUCCAAUCCCAUCAAAGUGUACAGUGAUGGGAAUACUAAGGUGAAACUAGAGCGUCCUGGGCCAUUCUAUUUCAUCAGUGGAGCAAAGGGGCACUGUGAGAAGGGGCAAAAGUUGAUUGUGGUUGUGAUGUCUCCAAAGCACACAUUACGAGCGAUUUCUCCGGCACCUUCUCCGGUGGAAUUUGAGGCUCCGGCGGUUGCUCCAACUAGCAGUGCUGCAACGUUGGAAGUUGCUCUUGUAACCGUAACUCUCGGAGUGUUGGCUAUGUAUGUGUGAAUGAAUCACCCCAUCACAUUAGAUUUUGGUGGUGACGUUCUUUUCCUUUCUGGCUUAAUUCUUUUGUAGCCAAUAUAUCAUUCUUUUAUGACAUUCAUAUUUUUUUUUCUCUUCUA